GCGGGGCUCGGACCCGGCUCGGGCGGUGUCCGUGGGCCGAGGGUGUCCCCGCGGUUCUGCGCCCCGUGUCGGGGUUCGUUGCCAUUCCCGUCAGAAAAGCCCGCGUCCUGUCGCUGGUCGUCUAGGGGGACGCACAGUUCCCCGGAAACAAGGAUGAGAAGCCACCUGCAGCUCCGUGGUCCAGACAUCCAGCUGAAGAUGCAGCUGUAAAAUGCAAGCUCUGCCUGGCAGAGGCCCCUGUGCUGCCUGCCCGUGGCCUCUCGGCCUCGAUCAUGAGGAUGCCAUCGGGACAGCCUCUCUGCUGGGCGCUGCUCUUGGGCCUGCCCUGGCUGGCCGGCACGGCCGAGCAUGAGGAGAUGGCCAGGCAUGUCAUCAAGCUGCACCGUGGCAAGGCUGCUGCCAUGGCCCCCCGCCGGCAGUGGCUGCUGGGCGGCUGCAGGAGGCUGUCUAGCCUCCUACAUCAGAAGAGUGUGGUGCUGGACAAGCUGAGGAAUGCUGUCCGGGCUGUGGAGCGAGAUCCCAGGCUGUCGGAGGAGGAGAAGCUGUUCCAAGUGCAUACAUUUGAGAUUUUCCAGAAGGAGCUGAAUGAAAGUGAGAACUCAGUCUUCCAGGCCAUCCACGGCCUGCAGCGUGCCCUGCAGGGUGAUUACAAGGACGUGGUGAACAUGAAGGAGAGUAGCCGGCAGCGGCUUGAGGCUCUGCGGGAGGCUGCCAUCAAGGUUUGUGAGAGCCCUGACCAGUCUCCUGCUGCCUGUGGUAUACAGGAGGAGACUGAAUAUGUGGAGCUUGUGGCUGUGGAAAAGCAUCAGGUGGAAGCUCUUAAAAACAUGCAGCAUCGCAACCAGAGCCUGUCCAUGCUUGAUGAGAUCCUGGAGGAUGUGCGCAGGGCGGCCGACCGCCUGGAGGAGGAGAUCGGCGAGCACGCCUUCGAUGACAACAAGUCGGUCAGAGGGGUCAAUUUCGAGGCCGUCCUGAGGGUGGAGGAAGACGAGGCCAGCUCUAAGCAGAACAUGACAAGGCGAGACACACAGGGGGACCUGGGACUCAGCAUGCUAAUCGACUCCCAGAACAACCAGUACGUGCUGACCAAGCCCAGGGACUCGACCAUCCCGCGGGCUGACCACCACUUGAUCAAGGACAUUGUCACCAUCGUGAUGCUGUCUCUGCCCUGUGGCUGGCUCUGCACUGCUGUCGGCUUGCCCUCCAUGUUCGGCCAUGUCAUCUGUGGGGUCCUGCUGGGGCCCUCUGGACUCAACAGCAUCAAGUCGAUUGUGCAAGUGGAGACUCUGGGAGAGUUUGGGGUGUUCUUCACCCUCUUUCUGGUCGGCUUGGAGUUCUCCCCAGAGAAGCUGAGGAAGGUGUGGAAGAUCUCCCUCCAAGGGCCGAGCUACAUGAUGCUGCUCAUGAUUGGCUGUGGCCUGCUCUGGGGACACCUGCUUCACAUUGGGCCCACGCAGACCGUCUUCAUUUCCGCCUGUCUAUCCUUAUCCAGCACACCCCUCGUGUCUAGGUUCCUCGUGGGCAGUGCUCGCACUGAGAAAGAAGGUGACAUUGACUACAGCUCUGUGCUGCUGGGAAUGCUGGUGGCACAGGAUGUGCAGCUGGGUCUCUUCAUGGCCUUGAUGCCCACACUAUUGCAAGCGGGAGCAGGCACGUCCUCCAGCAUCGUCAUGGAGAUGCUGCGUGUCCUGCUUCUCAUGGGGCAGACCCUCUUCUCGCUGGCCGCCGUCUUCCUUCUGUGUCUCCUUGUGAAGAUGUACCUCGUGGGCCCGUACUACCGGAAGCUGCACGCAGAGGGCAAAGGCAACAAGGAGAUUCUCAUCCUGGGCAUAUCUGCCUUCAUCUUCCUGAUGCUGACGGUCACCGAGCUGCUGGAUGUUUCCAUGGAGCUGGGCUGCUUCCUGGCUGGGGCCCUGAUUUCCUCGCAGGGCCACGUGGUCACCGAGGAGACUGCUGCAUACAUGGAGCCCAUCCGCGAUUUCCUGGCCAUCAUCUUCUUCUCCUCGAUAGGGCUCCAUGUGUUCCCCACAUUCGUGGUCUACGAGCUUGCUGUGCUGGCAUUCCUCACACUCUCCGUGGUGGCCAUGAAGUUUGUCCUGGCAGCAUUGGUCCUGACCCUCAUCCUGCCCAGGAACAGCCAGUACAUUAAGUGGAUUGUGUCUGCAGGGCUGGCUCAGGUCAGCGAAUUCUCCUUCGUCCUGGGGAGCCGAGCCCGGAGAGCUGGCAUCAUCUCCCGGGAGGUGUACCUCCUCAUCCUUAGUGUGACCACGCUUAGCCUCUUACUGGCCCCAGUGCUGUGGAGAGCUGCCCUUUUGAAGUGUGUGCCCCGGCCAGAGCGACGGUCAAGUCUGUGAGGUCACCCAGUGGACGGCCUGUACAACUGUCCCUGCCCAGGUCCUGCUCUGGCUGCACUGCCCUGGAGUGGGGCUCGGGGAUAUCAAGGGUGACCCCGACAGUGGAUGGCAGCUCUUGCUGCUGCUUUCCAGGCCUUUGCCCGAGACCUAGCGUGGCAGGGUCCCGGUCAGCCUGGCCGUGACCAGGCAUGGCGGGGUCCUGGUCAGCCUGGCCUUGUCGCCAGGAUGUGCCUUUUCACAGAAACUGCAAUUAUCUUCCUCUCGUUCAUUCACUGGCUUUAUUUUUUUAUGUCUGUUUUUUGGUGAAGAGAGCUAGUUGGCUUUUUCAUGUAUUGUGUAUCUGUAGAGCCAUAGCCUUCAUCCAGUACUUGUUUAACAUCUCUGUGACUCGGAGUCUUAAGACUUCUGUAUUUACUUGAAGGAGCUGGGAAUUUGCUUUUGUUCCUGAAAUCCUGUGUCUGCCUUUUAUUAUUACUGUGUUUCAAUAAAAUGCUUUCCAGGCCGUGUGAA